AGUCAUGGCGGCCUUAUUAUGAGCGGUAGUACGUGGCUACGACUCUCUGUUGAGGUUUUCCGAGACCUCACGGAACCCUAGCCAUGGCGAAGCCUAGAUCGGGAUUCCUCGUCGUCCUCCUCCUCCUCGCGGCUCUUGUCCUCGCCGCCUCUCCUGCGGCGAUGGCGACCUCCGAUGCCCCCUUCAUGGUUGCGCACAAGAAGGUGAGCCUCACGCGGCAUAAAUCUGGCGUGGACCGAGUCUCCGUCUCGAUCGACCUCUACAACCAAGGAUCCUCGACUGCAUAUGAUGUGAGUCUGAAUGAUGAUAGUUGGUCCCAAGAUAUGUUUAAUCUCGUCUCUGACAGCACAUCAAAGACAUGGGAAAGGCUUGAUGCUGGUUCCUCUGCUUCUCACUCCUUUAUCUUGGAGUCUAAAACAAAAGGCAUGUUCCAUGGUUCUCCCGCUGUCAUCAAAUUUCGUAUCCCCACAAAGGCUGCACUGCAGGAAGCGUAUUCUACUCCCAUUUUGCCAUUAGAUGUUCUUGCUGACAAGCCUCCUGAAAAGAAGUUAGAAUGGGCAAAGAGGCUGUUGGCAAAGUAUGGAUCUCUGGUGUCGGUUCUGACACUGGUCGGACUGUUCAUCUAUGUGAUUGCAACUCCAUCGAAGAUGACGAGCAAGAAGAGGCGGUAAAUUGCAGUAUCUGGUGGAUGUUUGCUUGAUUUUUCUUUGAAGAUACCCUGGAGGACUGUAAGCCGAGUUUUGCUUCGUCAUGCUUAAAACAUAACCUUGUGCCGUCGCUAGGACUGGUAGAGGCUUCAAGGGUUUAACCUUUGUCCUUGGCUGAUAUUUGUAGCGUUCCUAAAUCCACUAGAAUUUGAAUUUGGAUGAAACGUAUGCAUCGAAACUUACUUCCCA